AUGUAUGCCCCUAACAAGGAGCCGGACACCAUUCGCGUGCCGUCAGUGUUAGCGCCUGUUAAAAACUUUUCAGAUUUUCUCAAUCGCCAAAUGGAACUGUUGCAUUCACGGAACAACCAUCACGCCGACUUUGUCUUGCGUUCCAGUGAUGGCCACAAGUUCCCCGUACACCGUUUCCAGCUGGCAGCCCAUUCACCGGUCUUCGCCGCCAUGCUGUCUCAUGACGUUCGAGAGAAACGAACAUCCCGAUGCGAUCUAAUCGAUGUCGAUAAGGAAACUGUGGAGAUUCUCCUGGAUUACCUGUACGCAUUUAACACCGCCCGGAUUAAUGGAACAAAUGCGGAAAAAGCGCUGGCCAUGGCGGAUAAAUACGAGAUCAUGGAUCUGUGCUCCAUUUGUGAAGGGAUACUGAUUAAGAGUCUGGCGGUGGAGAAUGUGGUGCGUCGGUUCAUUAUGGCUCAUCAACGAGGAUUGAAAAUUUUAAAGGAAGUUGCAUUGCGUCUCAUGCGACAGAAUAUUGACGUAAUUGGAGAGGACAGCGUAUUGCAAACGGCCAUCCAAUCGGAGCCGGCCCUGCUGCAAAUAAUCAUGGGAUGCUUUCCGAAAUGA